GCGGGCGGGCAGGUGUCCGGGGACCGUCGCGGGUCCGAGAGGGGCGGCGCGCCCGGUGCCACCGCGGCCCGGGGCGCGGAGCCUGGGGCGGCCCCGGCGGCCCCGCGCGAUGCGCCGCUCAAGCACAGACGAGUCCACGUACCGGCGCAGCCCGUCGCCGCCGGGCAAGGAACCUGGCUUCGCGCGCGGCGGCGCCUUCUUCGGCCUGCACGCCAAUCCCGGUCCCAAGGCGGCCCAGGCGCGCUACACGUCGCCCAAGGGUAACAAGUACGUAGUCUUCUAUCUGGACCUCUCCUUCAUCUUCCUCCUAGAGCUGAAGCGCUGCAGCAUGGCGCGCGGCUGCCUCCAGGGCGUCAAGUACCUCAUGUUCGCCUUCAACCUGCUCUUCUGGCUGGGAGGCUGCGGCAUCCUGGGCGUUGGCAUCUGGCUGGCCGCCACGCAGGGGAACUUCGCCACCCUGUCCUCCUCCUUCCCGUCCCUGUCGGCCGCCAACCUGCUCAUUGUCACCGGCACCUUUGUGAUGGCCAUUGGCUUUGUGGGCUGCAUCGGGGCCAUCAAGGAGAACAGAUGCCUCCUGCUCACUUUCUUCGUGCUGCUGCUGCUGGUGUUCCUGCUGGAGGCCACCGUCGCCAUCCUCUUCUUCGCCUACACUGACAAGAUCGACAGGUACGCGCAGCGGGACCUGAAGAGGGGCCUGCACCUGUACGGAACCCCGGGCAACGUGGGCCUCACCAACGCCUGGAGCAUCAUCCAGACAGACUUCCGCUGCUGCGGGGUCUCCAACUACACCGACUGGUUCGAGGUCUACAACGCCACGCGCGUGCCCGACUCCUGCUGUCUGGAGUUCAGCGAGAGCUGCGGGCUGCACGCGCCCGGCACCUGGUGGAAAGCGCCCUGUUACGAGACGGUGAAGAUGUGGCUUCAGGAGAACCUGCUGGCCGUGGGCGUCUUCGGACUGUGCACAGCUCUGGUGCAGAUCCUGGGGCUGACCUUCGCCAUGACCAUGUACUGCCAGGUGGUGAAGGCGGACACCUACCGUGCGUAGGCUGCGUGCUGCCUGCCAUCCCUGCUUCGCUGCCAAAGGAUGUUGCCCACUGGGGAGAGGACUGCGUCCCCACCUGCCUCCCCCGUUGCAGGACUUCUCACCAGCUUGGGCAUAAGGAGGGGAGGAGCAGGCAGCCAGACCCCCCAGGACUCCCAGCCAGGCCUGUGAACGUGAUGCUGGAUGGGGUGGCCGAGUCCUGGCCUGGGGCUGGGGUCGGGAGGGGCUUCUGGCACUUUUUACACCCAAGUAUUCACCAGAGUAGUGUUUUCCCCAACAAACCCUGUCCAGGGCAGGGGGUUGGGGCCACACACGGGUUGGGGUGGGAGGUGAGGGGCUGACCGCUGGUCCUGGUGCUCGAGGCGGGGCCACAGCCCCGCCAUCCACAUUCCACAGUGGGGCCAGGGUAGGCUCUGGGUGCAUCUUAAUAAAGUGUGUGGGCAGCAGCCCCUGA